AAACCUUAAAGCAUGGGGCUUUUACUUUUAGUUUCCAAUGACCUUACUUACAGAGUAUAGCAUGAAGUGCAUGUAUUGGAUCUUCCUGACCACGUCAGUGCUAGGUGAAUUCACCAAACAACUUUACCGAAGCUUUUUGCAGGAUAAUAAACAAUAUAACAUCAUUGCCUCGCCUCUAUGCGUCGAGAUUGGAAUGAGCAUGAUCCUCAUGGGAGCAGAUGGAGUUACAGCCAAUGAACUAAGGACGGCUCUAAAUCUGCCAGAGGAUAAAAAGAAUGUAGCUACUAUAUAUGAUGAGCUGUUGACUAAACUCGAAAGGCGCAAGAAGGUAGCGAUUCUCCAAUUGGCGAAUCGGUUGUUUGUCAACGAAACAAUUGGUGUUAACAAGCGGUACAAUAAACUAGUCAAUAAGCACUUUAGGGCCGAGGCAGAGGCCAUUAAUCUGGCCGAUAGAUCGAAGGCAGCCUGGGCUAUAAACGAUUGGGUGCUCGACCAGACACUGGAUAAUGUGAAAUACAUUCUAACACCCAGUGACUUGACGCCCGAUGAAAGUGCGGUCAUGAUCAACGCAGCUUUCUUCAAGGGCUACUGGAAGACGAGAUUCGAAAAAAAGUACACCAUGCCCAAGGUAUUCUACGUAUCCAAAAGUUACCAAGUAAAUGUCAAUAUGAUGUCGCAAGUGGGUCGAUUUAAGAUGCGUACUUCGCCCAUAGACCAAAUUAUUGAGCUGCCUUUUGCGUACUCAAACCUUUCAAUGGUAAUCGUUCUGCCCAAGGACAAUGGGUCCCUAAAUCAGGCAGAAGACACAAUCGAAAGUUACCCUCAGAUAGUCCUCACUGAAAUGGAUGUACACGUGCAGCUUCCUAAAUUUAAAAUCGAUUUCCGCAUGGAGCUCGUCGAAACUCUCAAAAGCAUGGGAAUACAGGAUCUCUUCAACAGUUCGUCGGAUAUCAGCGUCCUACUGAACCAGUCUGGCACCAAAAUCAGCCAAGUCGUACACAAAGCCUUUAUAGAGAUCGACGAAGAGGGCGGGUCCGCAGGAUCCGCUUCUGCGAACCCCAUUCGAGGAUUAUCUGAUUAUGCGGCUAGUCUGGUUACUUUUACAGUCAAUAGUCCCUUUGUCUUCAUGAUUCGCGAUGAUGACAACAUAUAUUUCCGCGGCCGAGUAGUUAAUCCUUUGAAGAAGAGCAAUUCCAUUAAUUGCGCAAAGUGAAUUCUUGCGAAUACAAUAAAGAAAAAUUUGUAUCGUC